AUGUCGCGCGCUACGCUCUCCCUCGCUCUUGUCGCGACUGCCGCUGCCGUCGUGAGCGCUCGCCCCACGUACGUCGCGCGCCUGCCCAACGGCGACAACGUGUCCGGCGUGGCGGCUUUGGGUCACGUGGACCCGGCUGGCGGCGGCGAAAACAACGACUUCGGCCUGGACUUCGCCAGCGCCGGCGAGUCCUGGACGACCGAGUUCUGCCAGAAGGACUCGGACGGCGACGGACAGACCAACGGCCAGGAGCUCGGCGACCCGUGCUGCGAGUGGGUGCAGGACUCGAACGCCGAGGUGCGCUGGAGCGACGGCGUCUCGCACCCGGGCGACGCGUCCUCCACGUCGGACGAAUCGCUGUGGGCCGACAUCACGUGCGGCUCCUCCACCUCCAACUCGACGACGGCGAGCUCGACCGCGGGCUCCAGCGCCAGCACCGUCGAGGCCGGCUCCACCACCACCUCGGAGACGGACGCCGCUACGUCCGCCUCGGCUGCCUCCAGCGACGCGGCUGCUUCAUCUUCGAGCGCCGCUUCGGCUGCCUCCAGCGACGCGGCUGCUUCAUCUUCGAGCGCCGCUUCGGCUGUGACGCCUGCCGUCUACUCGGUCGUGGGCGCUGCCGCUGCUAUCGCCACUUUCUUCCUCUAG